GCAGCUUGGAUCGGGUGGUCCUGGCGAAUGAGCGAUUGCGCGUCAAGUUCUCCAUGAGAACACCCUACCAGCCACCUUUUGGAUGCGGGCCCUCAUGCACCACCCGCAGUAUCCAUCCAUUUUAUCAAGAUUCAGAAGAGCGCUUGCGGCCGAGUUGUGUGGAAUAGCAGCGUCAAUGCAGUGCGUCAUGUGAAGGCGAUUACAACGAGAUUGUGGAGACCGGAGAGCGAUCCGAUACACGCCAAGCAGCGCCCGCCCAUCCCAGUUUCGCAGCCAUCUCGCUCCUUGGGAUUGAUCUCCUCUCGGCCCAACCCGCCAGCCUUACUGUCGUCUCGUCUUGCCGAGCCGCCUGCUCGGACGGAUCCAAUUCAAGACCCACUGCAGCCCAUGCACACGGCAGUCACCGUCGAUUCCGAUCCGGGCGACAUUGGCCUCCAGCCUCUGGCAAGCCAUGUCGAAACCUCGUUGUCUGGAUCGGCAGCAUAUCCGAGCCAUCUGUCGAACGCCUCGGCCUGCAUGGCCCUGCACAAAAUCGCAAACGAGGAACUAAGCAACCACCGUCGCAAUCUCGACGGAAAGACCGACAUGAAAGCCUUCCUGCUGUCGCCGGACAAGGCUAUCGCUGUCCUGUGCGCACUGAUCCUUGUGGCAUUCUACAUUUCGGCUUUGCUUCUGAGCAACCCGUACCAAGGACGGGCCAGCUGGGCUCUCUUUGAGGCCGGCAUUCUGCUCCUGUUUCUACUCUGGAACAUAUGGCUUUUCCGACGAGAGCAGCGCCUGACAUCGCAUGAGAUGACGACCCGGCUCCAGGCCAUCGCCGACCAGCUGCAGACUCUGACCAUCAACGAUCGAUCGAACUACAAGAUCCCAACAACCAUCCCGACGGUCUCUGUGGCUCGGGUGGUGCGCGACAACCAAAUCUUCAUUCUGCCCCACAACAUGCUCUGCGAAGGGGAUAUUGUCCUCAUGGCCUUUGGCGAUAUCUCUCCCGGCACAUUGAAGUACUCUUCGUCCUCAGGAACAUACACUCUUCUGCCUGGCGAUAUAUUCAAGCCAGAGAUCUUUGGGGUGCCGUCAGGGCAAAUCGACCAUAGCGUUUUUGUGGCCAUGGCACAGCAAAAAGGCUACCUCGGCUUCCGGCUCUCGGAUACGCCGCUCCGCACGACGAUCCGACAGGCGCUGGGACACAGUCGCCCGGCAACCGUGCUCACUGGACAGCUGGUAUCGCUCAAGAAGAUACUUGAGCAGAAGGUGCUCUGGAUCAUUCUCGUGAUCUCUUUCAUCAUCAACAUCACGCGGUUCUCGCUCCUGGGACGCGGACCUGGCGGCUACUACUACAGUGCAAUUGUGGAGUACGUAUUUGUAUUUCAGGUGUAUGCCAUCCUUCCGUUUCUGCCCAUGUCGAUCAUGGGACUGGUCUUGAUUGCACGGAGCUUUGGAAACGCCCAGCUCCUGAGCGUUCUCGAAGCCCUGCAGACAUCCAAGGUGCAGUUCGAGGACGAGGAUGACGUCGAUGAGUUUGACGCCGCUCCUCCUCCCAUGAAAGAACUGGAUUACGACUGGGGUCAAAUAUGGAGGAGAUUUGUGGACCAGCUGGUCCGUGUGGAUAUCUCGUUUCUUGCCCGUACCACGGGGCUGGUUGAAACACUUGCAAACAUAACUGUUAUAUGCACCAUCGACCGAGAGGGCACGAUCAGCCAAACCUUCCCAUCGAUCGAGAAGCUGUUUUUCAUGGCCGAUGGAGGAGAAGCCGUCACUCUCAAGAUCGCGGAGGAUCCGGCGGCCGAGUUCGGCAUCAAGUUUGAGGAUCGCGAUUGGCGAAAGUAUUCGAGCAAUCUCAAGGCCAUGGGACUCGAAUUUCUGCUCAACACAGAGUGUACGAACCUCUACGGCAAAACCCGCCUCGAUAACCAUCGCAAGUCCUCCAAUCGUGAUGGCAAAGUGCCUCCCGCGAGCCAAACCUGCCUGUGUCGACUCGCAAAGGAGAUUGGCUUCAAAUCAAACGUGAGCGCGCAGUACAGGCUGAAGAAGACAAUCAUGCAGCAGUGCCCCUUCCAGGCCCAUCUCAAACUCGACAACCUCUACCACUACGACAUCCCUGUAACGACCACCCGUUUUUAUGAGGUCGAGUCCAACAACGCCAUUCAGGAUUUUAGUGAAGGCGACCUUUUCCUGAUUUUGAAUUCAUGCUCCGACUACUGGAAUGGCGACAAGAUUCUGGCGAUGGACGAAACGGUGGAGAAGCGCAUCUUGGACUUUUACCAAAAGUCCAUCAUUGGUGACAUGAAGGUAGUUGCGUACUCGUACUCGCCGCUCCUCAGCGACCAUCAGUACGUACAGGACACGAUGUGGCCCGGGCUGCUGAUCAUGACCGAGGACUUUUAUCCGUUUGAGGAACGCUCGUCCAUGGCCAGCGCUAUUGAAUCGCCUAUGAUGGGUCCGAGUGAUCUGAAUCAAUCAGGCACCGACAUGCCGAGCCUGCCUGUUGAUCCACUUGUGAAGACGAUCCACGACUACCGGAAAGACAGGGGUCGAUUUCGAGGGUACAAGUCCGUUCACAGCCAGGCCCCUCCCAGACGUCCCUCCGAAAUCAAUCGCUCCGCCAAGAAUCUAGCGGACGAAUAUGAGGGCUUCAUCAACGAAAGUGUCUUCAAGGACCGCACAUUCUUGUGCAUGGCUGGAUUCUCUUGUCGUCCCAAGCCAGACGUCGUGAGCAUCAUUGAGGACCUGGGUCUGGCUGGUAUUCGCUUUGUAUACUUUUCCAGUGCCCCAGAGCGCGAGAGCAAAGCAUAUGCGGAAAGACUGGGGCUCGAGAUCGAUUGGAAUAGCUGCAUCCUGCUCAGCCCCGCGACCGAGGGCGUCGGCUAUCUGGAGCUCCACGACAUCAAGGCGCGAUUGCCGCGUGGUGUCGAGAACAUCCGACCGCACAUUCGCACCGUGGACGAUAUCCCUUUGCAUGUGUCGCUCUUUGCCGAAUGCACCCCGCCGUCCAUUACAGAGAUGGUCCGGAUCUUCCAAGAGAACGGCGACGUGGUUUGCUGCAUUGGCAGCUCCCUGAACGAGAUGAACGUCGAAUGCUUUGCUAUGGCCGACAUCAGUGUCUCUAUCGACCCGCUGAGUCUGAACAAGAUGCGUGGCGGAGGGAACUCACAGACGGCGCUGCAUCUCGGUGCGGCCUUUACAAGCGCACCAUGUGCUCUGACGCUGAACCAUGACGUGAGCUUGUACACGCUCACCCAGCUCAUACACGAAGCUCGCACCUUGGCCGAGAAUGCAAGACAGGGAUUCUCGUUCCAUAUCGGAUGCCAAGUGGCUCUGUCCCUGAUGAUCCAGCUGUCCUAUAUCGUGCUGCUCCCGCCCAUAUUCACGGGAUAUCAAAUCAUGUGGAUGGUGUGGGUGAUACUGCCGAUCCUGUGUUUUUCGUUUCUGUUCACACCUCCAGACCCAGAAAUCAUGACGCAUAUGCCCGUAAAAAACACAGCCCUCCUCAAAGACAAGAUGCGGUUUACAUACUACUACAUUGUGCGGUUCGCGGUGCCAGUCCUCACAUGCAUCGCCCUCUAUGCCCUAACACUUCAAAGCCUGCAAGGCGGGCCCUCCCUCGUCCUUGGGACUUUCGGACUGGAUCUGAUGCAGAUGAGCGUGGCCGAGCAGUGGGCGCUGCUUUACGCGCAGAACGUUGCGCUGUUUUUUGCGGUCUUCUAUUUCGUGAUAAUCUCGUUCACUUAUCUUCAGCGAACACUCCCGAGCCUCUCAAAAACAAAGCAGUUCAAGCCGAUCGACAAAUGGAUGAUUGCUGCCGCAGUCUGUCUCGUGCUGCAGAUUGCCUUCACAGCGAUCUCGCUUUUCUCGGGCCCACGGUCCCUCUCGGAGCUGCCCUGGUAUAUCUGGGUGCUUGGAUUUGCGUCCCCGGUGGUGUUUGUACCGAUCCAGGAGGCGAUGAAGGUGCACGACAAGAAGGAAUGGGACAAGUUCCAGAAGAGAAGCAAGCUCGAGUUCAAUACCAAGCUCGGCAUGCAUUCCCCUUUAUGAACGAAUGAAUACUCCGGCUCUGGUGUCCGAGUUGAUGGGCGCAUGUGGCGGAGUGACGCUGCGGACGGAUAUGUGAACCGCCGGCACAUACAGCCAAUUAAAUAGAAGCGGGACACCCUGGUUUGAGU